AUGUCCACCACCCACGAAGAACGUGUACCGCCCAUGAAACAACGUCCCCCGCCCACCGAAAAUGUCCGCCGCCCAUCCAUGAACACAGUGACGGGCCCAGAUCAAGAUUUGGCUAGCUGUCCUCUCUCGGAGAAAAUUGCAAGUCUAGAGACCUCUGUUUGGUUUCAGGAAGAAAAAAUCACCAGACUGACUCGCUGGAUGGACCAUAUUGAAGAGUCUGCCCACAUGCGUUGGAAGGAAACGCAAGAAGAUUUGCAGUCCAUCCGAAGUGAUCACCAGAGACUGGAAGCCGAGGUGAGGGAAGCCGUCAAGACACUGGAGAACAAGUGGGAGACUACGCCAGCUGCGUUACAAGAGAGUCUCACCCGGGGCUUUGAGAAACUUGCAAGCUGCAUCAAAACUGCUGAGCUAACGCUCCAUGACCUCACCAAAUCAGUCACUACUAUUUCGGAGCUCAAACUGCGGCUCGGUGCUCGCCAAUCAAGUCUGGAAUCACUCAUUAUCCAGUUCCUCGGCAACAAGGAGAAGAAGCACACUGGCAUCAAUACCGAUCGCUCAGUCUCACCCGACCGUGGUCAGAAAAGCCAGCAGGUACAAGUCUCCCCGACCCCGGGUGUCGUUCUGCCAAACCCAGUUUCAACUGAUCACGCACAAGUCUCUCCAACCCCGGCCGUCUUUCUGCCUCCAGCAUCUGAGAGCCCAGCGGUCCUUCUGUUGGCGCCAAACCCAAUUCCUCCAACCCGGGCAAGUUCGCCUGGUCCUUACAUUGGGGGUAAUAGGAAGUCACCUCGGCUACAGAAACUCGAACCCACACUUCAAACCCCCGCACAGAGUAGGUCUUCUACUUGGUGA